AUGGCUUCUUCAUCUUCCUCCUCCCCUUUUGUUCCUCUCCUCCUCCUCUUCCUCACCAUCGCAGUGGAGUCGAGACCGUCACCUCAACGAGACGACAAACAGGUGUUACACUCUCUGUUCGGCUCUCGUCUCACUUCUCUCAUUUUGGCCCCGCCCACUUCUGAUGAUGUCACUGAGGGCUCGGCCGGACGCCCUGCCCCCUCUGUGCUGUCUCCCUCCAGGGGGUUGGCUUUGAGUCAUGGUGCUGCAGGGGGGUUGGUUGGCAAACAGGAGGCGGUCCCUCGGUUCUUCCUCGACUUCCUGCGGCGACAGGCCAAGAUGAGGAGGCGGAGCCGGAAGUCGAUGGUGGGAGGAAGAGGAUGCUUCGGGAUGAAGAUGGACCGCAUUGGUUCCAUCAGCGGACUGGGCUGUUAG